CCAAAAACAAGAGCCCCGCCUACCUAUAUAUAACCUCACUCCAAUUUCGAUUCCUCCAUUUUUCUCCACCUUGAUAUGGCGCCGAGGAAGAGAAGAGCGUCUGCGCCUCCUUCAUCGUCUCCCAUCUCCGUCGGAAAUUGUGAAGUCGUAGUGGAAGCCAGGAAUUUCACAUCCGAAUCGGAUCGGGGCGGCGUACAAAUAUCUCUAUCGAAAACUGCCAAAGUCCGAAUUUCAGUGGUGGAAAAUGUGAACGAACAUGACGAUUUUGGGGAUCGAGCUCCAGAGAAAUGUGGUAAUGGCUAUUUUGUGCUUGCUAAUCCGAAAGAUACAGCUGCCGAAACCAAGUCACUCCUUCAGGAAGUAUUAACUCUGUACACGAAAGAGCUACCUGCUAUGAAUUAUGCUGCUAAUACUGGAAAGCAGUCAAUGUUCCUUCAAAGAUGUGUAACAAAUGGGAAAUAUUGCACAUUACUUCUGAAGUCCAAGGAUGAUAAAGAACCUGGGAAGGUCAUUGCAGCAAUUACUUAUCAAAUAAUUCCGGCUGAUACACAGUAUGCUGAGGUUCCUCUUGCUGCUGUCAGCUCAAUCUUCCAAUACAAGGGAAUUGGCCGCUUGUUAUGCUUAGAAUUGAGAAAAAGACUGCAGAGUGUAGGUAUUCGUACUCUAUUUUGUUGGGCAGACAAAGAAUCUGAAGGAUUUUGGCUCAAACAGGGUUUUACAGUGAUUGGUGAAGUAGAUAAAAAGGGUAAACCUCGCAGACUCCCAAUCAAGGCUGAUAUUCGAAGAGCAUUAUGCUUUCCUGGUGGCUCAACUCUGAUGGUGUCCAAUCUUGUUAAAGAUAGCUCAUCCGAGUCAACCGAGCUUGUGAGUCUAUGUUUACCAACAAAGUCUCUUGAGCUGAAUUUUAGUAACCAAGAGCAGAAGCAUAUAACGGAGAUCCAUGAACUUUCCAUCGAAGAUAACCAGAUAGUUAAGAGUGGAUGUCUUCAGCCAGAAAACUUAGCAACUGAAGAAAAAAUAGUUAAUGGUUGCCAAGAAUUAGCUCUUUUGCCAGUCACUAAUGCUUCUGGAGUAAGAGAGGGCGGAAAUGAAGACGGCGAAGCUAAUUGCUCGUGUUCAGUUAAAGGGUCUAACAAAAGGAAUUGGGUAGCCUCGUGCACCUCGUUGAAGUCAAAAAAAGUGAAGGGCACUCACUCGACCGAGUGUCAAUUGGAUUCUCACUGUCCUGUUUGGACUAGCAACGAGAGAUUUGUUGCUAAUUGCCUUGAUCAGAACUGCUUGCUAAUUACUGGAAAUGAAAACUCUGGGAGUCAUAGCAUGCACGAAUUAAACAAAGUAUGCAGAGAAGGGAAUAUCGUAAAUGAAAACCAUGGCUGCACAGAAAUCAUAUCUACAGCAAAAUGCAAUAGAAUUAUGCUGAUGAACAUUGUUGAUGGUGAUAAGAAAUUACGCCUUACCAAGAUAAUCGAAGAUCUAGGUGGAGUGGUUUCUUCUGACGGAAGUGUAUGCACACAUGUUGUCACAGGGAAAGUCAGGCAGACAUUGAAUUUCUGCACGGCUCUAUGUUCAGGAGCUUGGGUGAUUUCGUCUGGAUGGUUGAAAGAGAGCUUCAAGAAGGGCAGAUUUGUUGACGAAAUGCCUUUCAUCUUGAAAGAUGAAGAUUACGAAACAAAGUACAGAAGCGAGCUUAAAAGUGCAGUUCUUAGAGCACAAGCAAGUCCCGGAGCAUUGCUCAAAGGUCUUGACAUAUGGCUCGCAUCUCAUGUACAACCUCCGGCCGAUAUUCUAUCAGCAAUUGUCAAAUCUGCUGGAGGAAAUGUCAUUCGGACAAGGAACGAAAUCAAGAACGUGACAAAGACGAUAUUCGUGGCAUGUGAAGAAGAUACAGGAGAAGCUCUAUUGGCCGUAAAGCUGGGGAUUCGGACAUUCAGCAGUGAGUGGCUUAUGAACUGUACAAUGAGGCAAGAACUUGAUCUUGAGGCUCCUCAGUUUACCGAAUCUCUUUAGGCUUUUAAUAUGUUACUAUAAUUUUGCAUGGACAUAUGUAUAUAUAUAUUAUUAUUAUAUGUUUUAGCAACGAUAUUGUUAAUAAAGUAAUAAUUCCAGUUUAAUUCAAAUGUAA